AUGGAUGUCAGAGUUGAAAUACAAGAAUCAAUAAAAUCUGUUCAAACAAACAAUGCAUCUGAACUGAAGCCGAGAACAGCUCCUCCACUUCGCGGCGGUGGUUCCUGUUCCGAGAAUUGGUGGGUAUUCGUCAUUGCGAUCGUUGUUAUCAUCAUCGGAUUUAUCAUCAUGUCUGUCGGUUCUGUUUAUUACACUAACAAUGAGAAAAAUAUCGAUGCUCGCAAUGCUCUGAUCGCCGGCAGCGUGAUUCUCCUUGUCGGUAUUAUAUGUUGCUUGGGUGCUAUUUGUCAAGCUUGCCAAGAUGCAUGCGAUAAGUGCUGCGGUUGUCAUCUUUCUUGUUGCUGA